AUGAGUGAGCAGGGAGCUGCAGAGGCAACGACAGCCGUAUCGGCGUCGUCGGUGCCCACAGAUGUCGUGGUUGCAGUGACCGGCGCAUCCGGGUUUGUUGGAUCCACGUGCGUGAAGCAGUUGCUGGAAAAGGGGUACACCGUGCAUGCUGUUGUGCGCGACCCAAGCAACACAGACAAGGUGCAGUUCUUGAAGGACAUGGUGCAAGGGGACGACGAGCACCGGGUGCAGUUGUUUGCCGGUGACCUGGAUAAUGAAGGGUCCUUCGACGCUGCUUUCAAGGAUGCCACCUAUGUCAUUCACACAGCGGCAAGCGUCGCUCUCACAGCUCGAGAUCCGCAGCGUGAGAUUGUCGACCGCAACGUUAACGGUAUGGUGAACGUCCUCACCUCGUGCCGCAAGUAUGCCAAGGAAGGUCAGCUGAAGAAGGUCGUGGUGACAUCCUCUGUUGCCGCCAUCGAGAACACACAGCGCCCGCCUGGCCACGUGUACACGGAAGACGACUACAACGACAGUGCAGAUCCGGCACGCGACCCCUACCAACACUCCAAGUACCUGAGCGAAGUGCGUGCGCAGCAGUUUGUGGACGAUUUGUCCGACGACGAAACGUUUCAGAUUGCAUUUAUCAACCCGGGUGCCAUCUACGGCCCGUUGCUCGCCCCACACCACCUCACAAGCAGUCCGCAGAUCAUCGCAGACCUCAUGACGGGCAAGUUUCCCAUGGUUCCACAGCUGAGUUUCCCAUCGGUGGAUGUGCGGGAUGUUGCAACGGCGCACAUUCAAGCCAUGGAGUCGGAUGCCACAGGGCGGUUUGUGUGUGUGGAGAACACAUACUCCAUGCAAGAAAUAUCCACCCUCUGCAAGGAAGACCUUCCACAGUACGUGUUUCCGACCCGGCGCCUGCCCAACUUCCUCAUGUACAUCACCGCUCUCUUUGACAAGCGCGUCACCCUCCACUUUUGCCGCCAGAACCUUGGCAGGCGGGUGGUGUUUGCGAAUGACCGCAUCAAGAAGGAGCUUGGCGUGUCGUUCAUUGGUGGCAAGGAGUCGUUUGUGGCCACCGCCCACUCGCUGCUGGACCUGGGGCUUGUUGAGCGCAAGUGAUACGCUGGCUGCUUUGCACCACGCCUGUGUGACGUUAUUACAUGACAUGACGACUCUGUUCAUCCACUUUCCACGUCUAGACACAUGAACACCAUUCAUCACCA